AUGGACCUUGAAACUUUGGCUAAAGCGAUAGAAGGUUUAGCUGCCCAAAUUGGUCAUCUUGAGACCAGAAUACAAGAUCAGGCAGUUGCUUCUGACCGUCGUUUGGCAGAGAUUGAAGCUUCCAUCUACAAUGAAGAAGAAAGUGUACGUGGGGGGCCGAGAGUGCAACCUAGAAGGAAUGUUCGCAGACAAAAUGUUCCACAUAACAAUGGGCAAAAUGGACAUGAUCCUGAAGAAAAGGCAAUGAAGUCUAUGAGGAUUGAAGCUCCUAGUUUUGAUGGCCAGCUGAAUGCAAAGGUUUUCUUGGAUUGGUUAUCAGACAUGGAUCAUUAUUUUGAAUGGUAUGAGUUGUCUGAAGAUCGCAGGAUAAGGUUUGCAAAGAUGAAGUUGGUGGGCAAGGCUCGAGAUUGGUGGUCUAAUGUGGAAAGACGAAUUGCGAGAGAUGGUGAAGAUCCCAUUGCUUAUUGGGAUGAGAUGAAAGAAAGGCUGAAGGAGAAGUAUGUUCCUUUGUCUUACAAGGAACGCUUGCUUGACCAAUGGCAAUCUCUUCGUCAAGGAAGCAUGACAGCUGCUGAUUAUAUUGAUAAGUUUGAAGAAUUUAUGGUGAGAUGUAACAUCACCGAAGACCCAUCAGUAACUCUUGCUCGUUUCAGAACAGGUCUUCGUCCAGAACUUCAAAGAGAGUUGAUCCCUCAUGAUGUAAAUACAUUAGAGCGAGUUUAUCAAUUAGUGCAAGAAUUGGAGCACUACUUGAAGACCCCCACAACCACUAUGCACAGGCGGUUUGACCAGCGGAAUCCUGACUUUCGUCCUAGCACCUCUGAAACAAAACCGUCUCCAUUCUCUAAUGGCUCUAGUACUGCCAGUUCCAUGGUGAAAGCUGAUAAAGGAAUGGGACUGCAAUCUGGUAUGCGAGGAGGGGGAUCUAUAAGGUGCUAUAGAUGUCAAGGUUACGGUCACUAUGCUGGUCAAUGCCCUACAAAAGAGCAAACUCGAAGUUUGUUUGCAGCAAGCACAAAAGAAGAGGCUGCUGUUCAAGGAGAAUUGGAGGAAGAAGUUUAUGAGCCUGAAAUUCCAGCUACUGAUGAUGAUUUGGAGGGUGAACCUAUAGACAUUGUUCAACCAAGAAUGGCUGUGGUUAGAUGCACUUUGACUCAACCUAAGAGUACUGAAGAUUGGCGGAGAACAAACAUUUUUCACACUUAUGUCAAGUGUGGAGACAAAAGUUAUAAAGUCAUCAUUGACAAUGGAAGCUGCAUCAAUGUUGUCUCCCCUCAAACCAUCUCUAAAUUGGGUUUGACCGCUGCUGAUCAUCCUCAACCUUAUCGUGUGGCAUGGAUUGACAAGUCUUCCAUUCCCGUGACACAGCGAUGUCAAGUUCCUAUUCAGUUUUCAUCUUACAAGGAUACUGUUUGGUGUGAUGUGGUGCCGAUGGACGUGGGACACAUUCUUUUGGGCAGACCAUGGUUGUAUGAUCUGGAUGUAACCAUUUCAGGCCGUGCCAACUCAUGCUCCUUUAUUCAUGAAGGAAAGCACAUCAAGUUGAACCCGAUCCAGCCUAGACCAGUACCCCAACCGACACUUAGCAAAGGAGGGCAGCAAUCAAAAUCCCUUAAUAUCAUCAGUCCAAGACACUUUGCAAGAGAGACAACAGGUGAUUCUGUUAUUUUUAUAUUAAUUGCAAAGGAAUCUCACCCUUUGACUAGUUUGGAGUUGCCCCCGGAUGUGAAAUCAAUCCUUGAACGGUUUACUGAUGUAUUUGCCGAGGACCUUCCAAAUGAACUUCCUCCUCUCCGGGAUAUUCAACAUGCAAUUGAUCUGGUCCCUGGAGCAACAUUACCUAAUUUACCACAUUAUCAGAUGAAUCCAACCGAGCAUGCAGAAUUGAAAAGGCAGGUUGGUGAGCUUCUUGCAAAAGGGUUCAUUCGAGAGAGCCUUAGCCCUUGUGCUGGGUUCAUUCGAUUCUUGAGUUAUUUUUGGAAGAUUUUGUGGCACAUGUUGGGCACCAAACUCAAGUUUUCAUCUGCUUACCAUCCGCAAACAGAUGGGCAAACUGAAGUGGUGAAUAGAAGUUUGGGAAAUCUGCUGCGAAGUUUGGUUGGCAUGAGCCCCUUUGAAGUUGUUUACGGUAACAAGCCCAGAGCUCCAAUAGAUCUCAUUCCCAUGACGGUUUCACAGACCAUAACAGUCCGCUAA